AUCAAAGUCAAUGUUAUGAUGUUGAAAACCAAUGGAGAAUUUCACAAAGGGCAGGUUGUUUUUAAUAUCACCUAUGUUAAAGGACAGGUAUAUCUAAAUGAUUUUCCUAUGAAAAGCGGCGUUGCCCACAUAACAUGUCAAACAGUAAAAUUGGAGAACGGAAACCUGGAUCACUUACCAGAUCAGCAGCGCCUGGGCACCGUAAGUGUUCGCAUCAUGGUUCACAAGUGGCCUUUGGCAUCCAGUUCUGAUUUGCAGCUGAUUGUCAUUCAGGAAGAAGUGACAGAAAUUGAUGGAAAACAGGAAGAAGUAACAGAAAUAGAUAUUUCAGAAAAGGACCUGAGAGUACUUAGACACUCAAACUACACCGUCCCUUUGAAAGAGAGCAUGCUGUAUUCUAUCCCAAGGGACAACGACAUGUUAUUUACACUUCCCAACCUCUCAGGAAAAGAUAUUCAAGACCCACUGCAAACUACCAGUCAGUACCUCAUCUGGCAAGUAGAAACUACAGUAGAUGAAGAGACAUUACCCGGAAAGUUACCGGAGACUCCUCUUAGGAUAAAACCUCCAUCUUCUUACAAGGUGAUGUGCCAGUGGGUGGAAGACUUGAGAAAAGGGUUGUGCAGGUUCUGGUUUCGAUCUUUACCCAUCUUCUUUAGUUUGAUGGAAGUUAUGGUAGUUGGAGUUGUUGGAGCAGCUCUUAUUCUCAAAGUCUUAAAGGUGAUUUACCCUUCCUGUGAAAACAAAGGCAUCCUUCUCCUGGAUCAAGUCAGCUUUGUACCUGUGAUUACCAUCAGCUUGCCUUCAGAUGUUCCAGACAGGAAGAAUAACUUAGAUGAGAAAGCAUGUACUUAA